AUGGCUGACACCAACAUGUCCGCCAAGGCAAUUCUCGAGGCCGACGGCAAGGCCAUCCUCAACUACCACCUCACUCGGGCUGCCACCAUCAAGCCCAGCCCUCUCCCUCCUCCGACCAAGCACAACCCUCCUUCCAGACUAGCAUCGCUCUACUUCCCCGAGGACGCAGAGCCCAUCGAUGUGCUCAACCAGGCCGAGGUCACGUAUCCCUGGCUCUUGGCACCGGGUAUCAAGCUCGUUGCGAAGCCUGACCAGCUCAUCAAGCGACGAGGCAAGAGCGGUCUGCUGGCGCUGAACAAGACAUGGCCCGAGGCGAAGGCCUGGGUUGCUGAGCGCGCUGGCAAGGCACAGAAGGUCGAGCACACUGAGGGUGUCUUGAGACAGUUCCUUGUUGAGCCUUUUGUGCCGCAUCCCGCCAACACCGAGUACUUCAUCAACAUCAACUCCGUUCGUGAUGGCGAUUGGAUCCUUUUCACCCACGAAGGUGGUGUCGAUGUCGGUGAUGUCGACGAGAAGGCAGAGAAGCUGUUGAUCCCAGUUGACCUCUCGCAAUACCCAUCCAACGAUGAGAUCGCAAGCUCUCUGCUCAAGAAGAUCCCCAAGGGCCUUCACAACGUCCUGGUUGACUUCAUUACCCGUCUGUAUGCCGUCUACGUGGACUGCCAGUUCACCUACCUAGAGAUCAACCCUCUGGUUGUCAUCCCGAAUGCCGAUGCCACCUCUGCUUCUGUCCAUUUCCUCGAUCUGGCAGCCAAGCUGGAUCAGACUGCCGACUUCGAGUGCGGUGUCAAGUGGGCAAUUGCGCGGUCGCCGGCGGCGCUCGGCAUCACCGCGCCAACAACUGCCAAUGGCGCCGUGAACAUCGAUGCCGGCCCGCCCAUGGAGUUCCCCGCCCCCUUCGGCCGUGAGCUGACCAAGGAGGAGGCCUACAUCGCCGAGCUGGACGCGAAGACUGGAGCCUCGCUCAAGCUCACCGUCCUCAACGGCAGCGGCCGUAUCUGGACACUGGUUGCCGGUGGUGGUGCCUCGGUCGUCUAUGCGGAUGCCAUCGCAUCAGCCGGCUUUGCCGACGAGUUGGCCAACUACGGCGAGUACUCUGGUGCGCCGACAGAAUCGCAGACAUACCACUACGCCCGCACUGUCCUGGACCUGAUGCUCCGGGCGCCCUUGGACCCCAAGGGCAAGGUCCUGUUCAUCGGCGGCGGUAUCGCCAACUUCACCAACGUGGCCAGCACCUUCAAGGGUGUGAUCAAGGCGCUGAGGGAGUAUGCCAAGCCCCUCAACGAGCACAACGUCCAGAUCUGGGUCCGCCGUGCCGGCCCCAACUACCAGGAGGGCCUCAAGAACAUGAAGGCCGCCACCCAGGAGCUGGGACUCAAUGCCAAGAUUUUCGGUCCCGAGAUGCACGUCAGCGGCAUCGUGCCGCUGGCCCUGGUCCCGGGCAAGUGGGAGGAGAGCAAGGCUGAGGAGUUCAGUGGUUGAUUGAGCAGAUCGGUAUUAGACGCAUGUUUGUGUGGCAAAGAAUUCCAAUGGUUUUGCUUUAGAACUGCCGUUGAUGUAGGCACUGGUCAGGGAUUAUUGUCUCGCGUUGCCUGCCUACAUACACCUUGUCUUAGUUAUACGCAUGUACGUUGAAUGCAGCAUUCAAUUGGUAGAGGUCAAAAUAAUCGGGCAAUAGCCGCUCUAUACGAUACAUCCAUUCUGCUGCCAUGGUGAUUGAAUGAAUGCUUUAUCCUCUAUUAUUAUAAUAACACUCCUGUUUAUGUACUGGUUGUUGGAGGGGGCCUAAC